GAUGUUGCAAAAUGUGUCUUUAUUUGGUAGAUUGUGACCCAUGUUGAAAAAUCUGAGCCUAUUCACACAGCUGGGAGCAUUUUAAGUUGUGUAACAAGAGAUGUCAAUUUAGAAUGGAAAGAGAAAUAAAAAGAUUGAGACAGACGAAAACAAAUCAGCAGUAGAAUCCCUAAAUGUGAUGUACUCUUAGAGGAGUUCACCCAUGGUUUUCAUUGCUGAUAUGUUUUGCCAUAACUUGGCUAAAUGUAUCCACAUUUAACAGAGAUACUACACUCUAAUAUAGUGUAAUAAUGUACUUUUCUGUAUUGUUCUAAUGGCAGAUGGCAGACAUGGACACCCCUCUUUCCACUCCUUGCAAUAUUCAGAUCUGUGAGGUGACCUGCGACUCCUUUCGCAUCAUGUGGGACAUGACCCCAGAAGACACUGAGAAGGCCACACACUUCUUCAUUGACCUGAGUCGCAAAGAAAGCAGAGACCACAACCGCUUUAAACACAGGGAUGUGCCGACCAAGCUGGUGGCCAAGGCAGUGCCUCUCCCCAUGGCUGUAAGGGGACACUGGUUCCUUAGCCCACGGACGGAAUACUGUGUUGCUGUUCAAACUGCUGUCCGACAACCAGACGGUGACUACCAGGUGUCAGAGUGGAGCCAGGUGGUGGAGUUCUGCACUGGGGACUAUGCAAUGGAACACCUACAGCAGCUUCUUGACAAGGCAAAUGGCUCUGCAGGGAGACUACUGAAGUUCUCCGUCUUUUACCGCAACCAGCACCCAGAGUACUUCGAUUAUGUCAGGAGGGAAUGUGGAGGUCUGAUGCGCCCGGCACUGAAAGACAGUAGCGGAAGUCAUGGCUCUCCAAUCAAUGGCAAACUGCAGGGAGUUUUUUUCAGCUGCAAUACAGAGUUUGAUACAGGGCUGCCCCCAAACGACUCUCCAUAUGGACCCUUAAGAUUCCAGAUCCCAGCUGGACAGCUGCUGAACCCCAACAUCUGCCUGUACUUUGCAGACUUCUACUGUAUGUACACAGCUUACCACUAUGUGGUGCUGGUUCUGGCGCCUGUAGGCUCUGAGGGAGACACCUUCUGUCGUACCCGCCUGCCAAUGCUGGACUUGGCCUCCAACCCUUUCUUGACAUACAUCGCUCCCGAAAGGCCGGAGGAGGAGCCAUUGUACUGCCACGCCAGUGAUGUCAUCCUGGAGAUUCUUUUCACUGAACCUGUGCAUUUGGAUCGUGGCACAGUGGAGCAGAUCAGUGGACAUCAUCAGCUCAUGAGUCUGACCACAGCCAAUGCAAAGAAGGAUCCCAGCUGCAAAGUGUGUAACAUCAGUGUGGGACGCUGAAAUGAUAAAGGCGUCCUUUGAGUCUGCGGUUCAGAAGGACAUGAAGACGGACAAAAAGAGUCUCAAAAAGAGGAAAAAACAGCAACCAUGUUCUUCACCUAGUCAGAACACUGUGGAGAGCUGCCUUUAGUAGACUUUUUACAUUUUUAUUUUAACUAUUGGCUCUUAGUUUGCAUUGCAGAGUUCUGAAAAUCAUGACAAACAUAGUCAAAAUGGCUGCUCUAUGAAAUGACCAGAUUGAAAGACUUUCUAAAAAUAAUGGCUUUGUAUGUAAAGUCAUAACAAGCCACUACUGACGUCCUCUUGACAUUUCCAAUUUUACUUGGACUGUUAGAAACAAAACAUGAAACACUUGGGCUAUUUUAAGCGUCUUUUGAUACCUUUUUUCCUAAGCCCCUUCCCUGCCAAAAAGUUUACUUAAAAAUGACAGAGCUUCAAAUCCAGAUUAGAUUUUAGCAGCAAUCUGUUGCAUCCACAUGAGAAACAUAAGCUCUUUCAAACCUGUCUGUAGAAAUUCUAUAGAAACGUCCUGAUCUGUGAAAAAAGACAGUGAAAGCUGUGUGGAUGGUGGUGGGGGUAUUGAACAUAGGAGGAAGAUAAUAUCUUCUAAGCUGCCUGCAGUAAAUCUCUGAGAGCACACUGGAGGCCUUCAAAGGAGCUGAGCUAUGAUUAGCUCUCUCCUCCUGCUAUGAGGCUCCUGCCUCCCCCUGUCCAGUAAUUUCUGACCUGUGUAGGAAAAAAUACCCUCAAUGAAAGAAAUCUGUCCUUUAUGGCAGUCAGUCCAAUUUGGUUGACUAAAACAAUAAAUGCAUAAAAUACAAAUCAA